AAGACGCAGUAAAGAUGUGUAGCUUAUUCUGUUUUGUUUCUAUCAGGCGGAAGUGUAGGCGUCACUCAGCACAGGCAGCACGUGGUCACAAGUCCGGGCUCUGAGUGUUUGAGAAGAAGAAGAAGAAGAAGAAAAAGAAGAAGCACUUUGUCUUUGUAUCCUGUUGUGACAGUGCAACGGCGCGUGUGCUACUGUGUGUGCCUGCUGUGUGUCUGCGAGGUGUGUUUGCAGUCAGAGCGAGUUUAAGUAUGAAGAGAGGAAAGCCGGCAGACGAGGCAGCUGCAGACGGGGACAAUGACACAGGCUCUGCUUCUUCCAAGAAAACAAAGAAGGCGAAGGAACCAGAGGCCCCAGUAAUGUACGACGAUCCUCCUGACAAGAUGACCAGCAAAGAUGGACGUGAGGCCAACAUGAAGAUCACCUCCUGGAACGUCGACGGCCUGAGGGCCUGGGUGAAGAAGAAGGGCCUGGAUUGGGUGCGUGAGGAGGCUCCAGAUGUUGUGUGUCUGCAGGAGACAAAGUGUGCAGAGAAAUCCCUCCCUGCUGACAUCACCUCGAUGACCGAGUACCCUCACAAGUACUGGGCCUCGUCCGAUGAGAAGGAGGGUUACAGCGGUGUGGCCAUGCUCUGCAAGACUGAACCCCUCAAAGUCACUUAUGGCAUCGGUAAAGAAGAGCAUGACAAGGAGGGCCGCGUCAUCACUGCCGAGUUCCCCAACUUCUUCCUGGUGACCACCUAUGUGCCGAACUCCGGCAGAGGCCUUGUGCGCCUGGAUUACCGCAAAACCUGGGACGUGGACUUCCGUGCGUACCUGAGCGAGCUGGACAUGCAGAAGCCCCUGGUGCUGUGUGGCGACCUUAAUGUCGCACACCAGGAGAUCGACCUGAAGAACCCCAAAGGAAACAAGAAAAACGCCGGCUUCACUCCCGAGGAGCGCGAAGGCUUCACCCAACUGCUAGAGUCCGGCUUCACCGACAGCUUCCGCGAGCUCUACCCCGAGCAGGCCAACGCCUACACCUUCUGGACCUACAUGAUGAACUCCCGCGGAAAGAACGUGGGCUGGAGGCUCGACUACUUUGUGCUGUCGUCCAGUCUGCUGCCGGGCCUGGUCGACAACAAGAUCCGCAACAAGGCCUUGGGAAGCGACCACUGCCCCAUCACUCUGCACAUAGCUGUGUAACACCAUCAUGUGUGUUGGAGUGAACUCACUCUUCAGUAGGCUCAGCAGGAGCUUAGAUGUCUAGUACUUUUUACUUUUUCACAUGAAACCUUCAUACAAUGACUCCACAGCACAUUUCAUAAUGCCCAGUCAUCGUCCUCAUGCAACAGUAGUGUGUCAGUAAGCCCAGUGAUGUUCACCUCGUCUCAGCUAUUCUCUAAAGAAGCAUUUCCACUGCAUGGUGCGGCUCUAUUGUACUCUUUAUUUUGGUUUUCCACUCGGGAUAGUGACUUUCUUUGAGUGAUACUAAUUGGUGACAUAAAAACAGUGGUCAGAGAAGUCAUCACCAGACAUCCUGCACAAACCAAACGGCCAUCAAUCACAUUUUCUUUUUUACUGAACCCAGAUUUAAAACAAGGAAGCUGGCAAAACUACGCCGUACUCCACACCUUCCAAUGGAGUUGGUAAUAUCCGGUGGAAAACAAAGUUGUGUAAGUGGAGCGGGACCAGGCGGUGGAGCCGCAACCUGUACUACUGACCGGAGACGAGUCUGCACUAUGUUUGUGUUACUCUGAAAUCUUGUUCUAGCACAAAAAUGUUUAAAGCUUCUUUUCCAAAGCAGUGUUAAAUGUUCUGUUGUAAAACAUGCCCACAAUAAAGAUUGGAUUUAUGUAAAAA